UAGCGCUGCUAAAUAACGCUGAAGAUGAUACAAGUUUUGGUGGGUAACAGAUUAUAUAACUUAUGCUUAUUUGCCUCUGAAACGUAAAUCUUUUAAAAGAAAGUUCAUCAUAUUUUUGUAAUAGGCCAUUUGCACUAAGAGGUCAUGGGACAUUGUUUUUAUGAAAAUGAAACUUAUAUGAUUUUGCCUUCAAAAAACGAUUAGGGGGUCAUAUCUUAAACAAAUUUAAUAAUAGUGAUUUGGUUUUUCAAACCCGCACCAUUUCCUUAAAAUAAGUAAGUUCGUAGCUGGUCACGUGACCAAAUGUGAUUUUAAGAUUAUGAAUUACCUCUUUCUGAACACAAAUUUUGCACUUAAAGCCAAUCAAGAGAAAUGUUGAAAAGAUGAUGUGGUAUCAUUUACAGCACAACUGAGAGUAAUUAUCAAACGUUUAACAAGAUAUAAGCAAAAAGUAGUUUUGGCCGCCAUGUUGGAGGGCAUACUCUUGCCCUCCAACAUGGCGGCCAAUACAAAUCAUACUAAUUUGUUGAAAAAUCAAAGUGCCAUAUAAUAUCUCCCUUAAAUGCGUUUCCUCUCAAAUUUCGGGUGUAAGAUAAUUUUUAUGUGCUCUGUCAAUUCUUGGCAUCAGCAAGAUUUCAACUCAUCGUUUAAAGGAAGCAUUGGUCACGUGACCUCUUAGUGCAACUGGCCUAUUGAAGCACACUGUCGAACCCCGCUUUAUGGACGCCUGUUCAAUACGGGUCUGAUCACACUCGUUAUGACAGAAAGUUUUCCUUGUCCCUUGGUAAAACCUUCACGCUUUUUCUCUAAAUUCAACCCGCUUAAAGUGGAGAUCUGUUAAUACGGACAAACGAACUCUUGUUUCUCGUCCAAUCAACAACUUGUCAGAGAAAGUCAACCUCACUUAAAUACGGACACUUCAUUGGCAACUGUGUGCUGCGAUAAAAUUUCCUUUUUGAAGUUAAAAAAAAAAAAAGCUUUAGGUGACAACAUGUCGGAAGUUCCAAAUGUUGCAGCACACCGGAUAGGAUCAAUUUUACUGGUACGUCAAUCUCAGUUUAGAGCGGUUUUCACUUGACUGUCGAAAGGGAUCGGUUUUGGUUUUACUACGCCCUUUGGUUGGCUAGUGUAUUUACUUUGGUUUUGGUUUUACGACAGUCAAGUGAAAACCGCUCUAUUUUGGCACUAAACGCUAAGUUAAUGAGCAAAGUAUGCAGAGUUGGGUUAUUGAUUGAUGAGUAACGUAUAAAUUGGCGACUUUGUGGCAGCCUGCGUAGCAGGCGCUUGGAAGUAGUGAGUACAAGAAAAAACGGGCGCGCGAGAAGAAGACACGCGUGUCUCCCUCGCGCGCGCCCGUUCUCUCUUUCGCCCACUACUUCCAAGCGCCUGCUCCGCAGGCUAACUUUGUGGUGUUUCCAUGGACAUAUAUAGUCCUCGGAAUGACGGAUUUUGUGGACGUUAGAGAUGUUUAAUCUUGGCGAUGUUGAUCGACGUCUUAUUUUAAAUGUGUAGUAUUUUGUUCAAAUAAAGGUAUGUUUUUUAACUUAAAUAACAUGACCUGAUUAAUACGGACGAGGGCGUUUUUUAAACCCUAUUCAGACCAGGCAUUUUUUGGCUUACCGGAGUUGUCUUGGUUAAUGCCACUGGAUAUAGGGUCUUAAUCCAUUCAAAGCCUGCAUCAGUUCAUCCGUUUUGUCAGCGGCUUUAAGAUAAUUAUCAGGUAACCAUCGAGCGUUAUAACGGGACACACGGGGCAGAGGUUUUUUUAUGGGGUACAAGUUUUACAGAUAUAUUUUGCUAAGUAGAGAACUCCGAGAGCUUUCAUGCCCUAACAUCAAUAAUGCUCUGGUCGGAGUGAGUAUAUAAGUUGUAUAACAUGAAAGGUCAAGCAAAUAAGGGUUCGCGGAAUUGGUGCUUAACCUCAAAUGCAAGAUCUGUGUUUGUUGCUGUUUGUUGGGAUUAACUUGAAACUCUCUGACUUCAUCUUAUUACGUUGCAGGUUCUGUACAGUUUCGUUGCCUGUCUUCCAACAACUUUGGGUAUAAGCUGCUAUUCAUGCGCAGAAUGUCCAGGUUCGAGCGAGACAUGUAGCAGCCUCUCCAUAAUUUCAUGCGACUCCUUUUAGGACUCUUGCAUGACUACGAUCGUUACAGGGGAGGUGCACGGCUACCAGUACUCGACAACUGUCAAGGACUGCUCGAUAUCUAGUACGUGUGACUCGAACCUUAUUUGUAACCAAGUGAACAGCUCCAUUUCUCAAUCAAAUGGAACCAUGUUCUCAUGCUCAGUAAACUGCUGCGAUAGUGAUCUCUGCAAUGGAGGAGGUGAGCUAGUCUAGUGUGUUCAUAAUUUCAACAUAAUUGUCUUCAACUCAGCUAUCGACCUUGCAAACUGCACGUAAUAUAUGGGACCGUUCACAAACUAACUUCUAAUACAUAUGGUGCUAAAAGGGGCAAGGCCUUUCUUGUCAAUUCAGACUACUCACAGACACACGAAGGGACAAGCAAAAAAAAAUAACAUAAAAAACGGUCCUCCCUUAAAUAAUUUCCAGAUAAACACGAUUAUAAAUCGAAGCACUCCUAUCAGUCUAUGUCGAGAAAAACUAUUUAGAUUAGACGCUCUUAUCAACUAUACUGCGUUUUCCAACUGUACUGCAUGCAUGUCCUGCCUUUUACCAGGACCUACAGAAUAUCCCACGGGUGGACCACUUCCUACCAGAUACCCCACGGGUGGACCACUUCCUACCGGAUAUCCCACUCGGGGACCACUACCUACAGGAUACCCCACCAGUGGGCCAGAACCCUCUGGUUUUCCUACUGCUGGACCACCAGGGCCAGACCCUCAGAGGUAAGCGAACUAGUGUUUUAACGAAGCAUGAGCUUUAGCUGGUGAUGAGUGAAAUAAAAAAAAAAUACAAAUGAAAACCAAAUUUAUUUUUAUCUCUACGCAUCAGUAGGUUAAAGCUGUUUUAGAGAAGACGAGUUAAAUCGGCUUUGUUGGGUAUAUGUACUUUCAUUGCCAUGAGAUGCGUUUAUAUUUCUUAUAUUGGUUUUUUACUGUCAAGUAGCCCGGUUAUUUUCAUGAAUAUACCUUUGAAUUCCUGCUUAAUAUGGCUUGAUCAGCUUUAAAGGGCAUUUGCCGGCGGAAGUUCCAUGGAAAAUGCUUUAAAUUAAAAAAUUUUCACCUGACAUCGGUAAUCAUCCUCAUUAGUCCAGUGGUAUAGGGAAGCGGCGUUUAGACGAAGGUUCGGGCUUCGAACCCUAUUGCCUAUCCUUUCUUUUUUUUUUCUUUUUUGUUUUCCUCCGGUUGUUUUGUUUUGUUGGCUUAUUUGUCUUUUUUUAUAAAUAUAGUUUAUUUCCCGUAUUGGCUUCUUUCCGUUUCUUUCCACUUCUGGCCCUUAUCCUCUGCUUCGCAAGGCUCUGCGAUUCACCUAUUUCUAGUAAACUAUUAAGGAGAAUGUAAUAGUUAACUUGGGACGUAACAGUCGCGUCCUAUUUACGAUGCGCCAAACAAGCAAACAUUUGAUACCGGCAAUGUUAACCGUCUAUGAUCGAAUUGAAAUCCUCUUCCAAAAUUUAAACUUCUCAUAAAGGCUCAGGAAACACAGGUAAAUAACAAAUAACAACUGAUUUUUCUAUUAGCUAAUACAGCGUUCGGGCUCCCUGUGUUAAGACCUACAGUACUGUGAAAAGGAAAUGAGAGCGAAUUCUUGGGAAUUCUUGGUGGGGGUGUGCCGCCCGGUUCUUCAAAUCCUGACCCGAUUUCAGACCAAAAAAUAUAAUUAUCCAUAAUUAUGUUACCAUUACUUAGAUUAGGGCGCAAACCUGGAAUUCGCAUAUUUCUCUCGUUCUUACUCAUUUGGAAUUGAAACGAUAAGAAUGUUCAUACACUCCCGUAUUUCCUUCGAAAACCCAACCCGAUUCCAGACCAAAAUGGAAAAAGUGUAUACCCGUUUUCAGACCAAAACGGCGCAAAAACCCUACCUGAUGGGACGGCACAUACCUAUAUGGCUUAUACAAGGGAGUACCCCCCCCCCCAGGGGAAAUUUGCCGAAUUUUGUCCUUUGUUCUCUCUAAAUAUCGACUAAAGUUUGCCAAGAAAUUGUUUUUAUGGCCCCAUCAAAGAAGACAUGAAUUAUGUUUCUUAAGACCUACGUGUAAAGUUAAUAGUUUCUUAAAUUUUAGAACCACUUUAGCUCAUAACAUUUUUGAUCAUUACUUUUUCAUGAAAGGAAUUUAAUUUGUCAAAACCUCCCUUGGUGUCUUUUAUUUGUUUCAGCCGCCUGAAAUAUUACAUCCACGCCUUGGAAGCAUUGCUCCGUCAGGUAAAAUUAAUAUGACGUUUAAAAGGACUGUAAGAGUUAAAGCGGUAUCAGAAAAACAGCGAAAAUAAAUGAUCAAACUAUUGUAACAAAAUAAUCAACCUUAGAAAAUCGACCAUCUGGCCCCGGUUGUUCAAACGCUGGAUAGCGCUAUCCACCGGAUAAAAGUCUAUCCAGUGGAUAACGCAAUUGGUUUCCCUAGUACUUAUCCACUGGAUAGUGAUUUAUCCAGUGGAUAGCGCUACCCAACGUUUGAACAACCGGGGCCUGGCCUCUAAUUUCUUUUUUAUUCAUUCAAAAUAUUUCGCAGUUUCUGAUUGGCUUUAAUCCCCCAAUUAAUUCUUCAUAAGCAACUGGUGCUUACCAACUUAGAAGAUGCGAGCAAUAUACUAUCGAUUCGAAGGUAUAUUUGAUAAGAAACGAGGUUGAUCGAUUGUAUGUUUGAUUGGAAAAGAGGCAGCAUGUGUAAUAGACUAUCGAUCAACGUCGUUUCCAGGCGUGGCUCCUUACCUGUUUAUUCACGAGUGAACUGAAAAAGAAAAUAGUAAAAAAUAAAAUAAAAAAGGGCGUUCACAACUAUCUGAAGUCGAAAUAGCUGAACUUCUGACUAAAAACUGAACGGUAGGAGGCAAAAAUACAAGCUAAAUGUUAAACUGCUGCGUUUGUAAUUCGAAUGUGCUAGCUAUGCAAUUUGUGGAAAAGUUGCCGAACGGCAAGCGCAAAUUUAUAAGCUUUACUCUACGCCUUUACUACAAGGCAAAAACCUGCACCUGCACUGCACCCAGCACUGCAAACUGAAUAACUACCUGGGGAAGGAGGAGGAUUGAGGAGGACAUGUACAAGGAUUCAGAAGACGAGGAAGGCUUGAAAAAAGACAGGAGGAACCUAUUUAUUUGUAUAUAAGCUUGUGUUAGGAUAUUAACACCAAAUGCAAACUGAAAAUGUAUGUAUUUCAAUCAAACCGAAUCCAUCUACUCAGGACAAAAAUUCACAAAACACAAAACGAGCAUCGGGUACACUGAAUAUACCAAGAGAGGAUGAAGGGGACAGAGAAGGCAUCCUCCAUACACACCCUAUUCCAUAGGUAAUUCGUCUCGAGUUAUUUUUAAACUGAUUUCACGGAUUGUCAAAGAGUCGAGCGAUUCCGUUUUCCCAGGUGAGCGCCUACUCAUUUCGCUUCAAUAUUCAGAAAUGCUCCCGAUCUCAUUCAUUGCAUUCAUUCAUUGCCUUUCGCCCGACAUGUUUUGCAUGGCGUUUUGUCAUGCGAAACCUCCACGAAAUAUCCACGCAGCGCGCGAGGUAACUUUAUCCCGAUUCUAAAAAUAACUCAAGACGAAUUACCUAUGGAAUAGGGUGUGUAUGGGGGAUGCCUUCUCUGUCCCCUUUAUCCUCUCUUGAAUAUACGUAUCUUGCUUGCUUAAACUUAGUUUGCAGGCUUUUUCUUCGCGAAAUUGUUUCUGCUUGUGUAACCGAAACGUUAAAUGCUAAAAAAAAUUGGACCUUUGGGCGAGUCAAAUGGGGAUUUCUAAUCUUCAUACUGAAAUCAAAGAUGGCGGACAAGACAUUAUUCUAGGAUAAACAGUACGCUUUUGUUCGUCCCCCAAAUUCUCCUGCAUUGCAUGUAAGCUGCGUUUCUUUUGCAUAGAGAGGCAUCACUGCAUUUUUGGUAGUUUGGGGUUAUUUUUUUUCUGCCGCUGCCCCUUUGGAGAAGGUGGCGCGGUUCUAGAAAAAUAAAGUGAAUAAUUAUAAAAACCGUCCGCAGGGACUUGAAACGAAAAUUGGUGGUUGUAGAGAAGGGGUGAAAUUGACGUUUUUUCUGCUCUCUGAUAGAUGGAAUACAUUGUUGACAACGAGCUUGGUGCUCAUCCCAGCAUCUCCGCUAAAAAACGGACAGGUAAAUACAAUAAUCGAUAAUAGAACUCAUAGGAAGGGUUUUGCACAGGCUGAGAAAAGAUAGAUCUGGAGUCCUGACAAAUCCACGGCUAUCGUUCGGAAAAAAUAAAUAAGCAAAUAAAUAUAUAAAUAAAUAAAUAAAAGCUCCCUCGCAUUUGUGUCACGGAGUUUUCACAGACAAUAUGUUGACAAUCAAACAAGUGUUACUAUUGAUUCCAUGUAAAUGUAGCUUGUCAAUAAUAAUAAUAAUAAUAAUAAUAAUAAUGAUAAUGAUAAUGAUAAUGAUUAUGAUAAUGAUAAUGAUAAUGAUAAUGAUAAUGAUAAUGAUAAUGAUAAUGAUAAUGAUAAUGAUAAUGAUAAUGAUUCAAACGUGAUUUACUGGUGAUUGACAAUUUUUAACAGGGCGAAACAAGAAGCGUUCCCUAGCCCAAAUGAAGAUGAAAACAUUAAGGAUCAUCAAGGAAAAUGUGGAAAAGAUGUUCUCAAACAAAGAGUAAAUUUUGAG